AAAAAAAAGGAAAAAAAAAAAAAAAAAAUGUGGGAAGACAAAGGAAUCAAGAGUCGGCGCCCUUGUCUUCGCCGACCAAUCAUCGCGUCCCUUUCUUCUUCCACAGUCUCACCAACACCAACGCCAACACCAACACUCUCUCUCUUUCUCUCAGUUUUAUAAACAAACUCCUUCUCACGUCUUCUCUUUGAUUCCUUCCCUUCCCCUUCCCCUUCCCCUUCCCCUUCCCUUUCUUCAUUUGGGUCCUUCAGAUCCAUUGCCAAAGGCUUCUUCCGUCUAUUUUUUUCCAAUUAUUCGGAAGAUUUUCCUGCUAUCUCUUGCUAUUUCGUUUAGAUUUCAGGGUUCUUUUUUUCUUUGAUUCUUCUCGUUCCGUUUAUAGUUAUGAGGGGAGCUGUUGAGCAAUCCACUCCCGACAGGAACGAGGAUGGGGACAAGGAGAAGAAGAAGAAACGCCGAUCCAAUCGCCGAUCUAAGCAAAACGCCUCUCUUUCCACUUCAGAUGGGUUUUUUUGUUGCCCAGGGAGAUGCUUUUGUGUUUUAUUUUUGUUUUCCUCCGAACCCAUCUUCCCACUCUUAAUAUGCUUUAACUUAUAAGAUAUGUUGACCCUUUUGGCAGCAUCUUGCAAUUCAGUUAAUGGAAUAACGGGGGAAGCAUCCGAGAGCAUGGAAAAUGGUAGAAUAGAUGCUAACUUAACAUCACCCUCAAAUUAUUCUUCUUUGACACAACAGGCAUAUCAGUCGAAUCAUCCAAUAGAGCAUGGUCUGACCAGAAGAAAUAAGAUUGCCUUUAGUUCUUUGCCCCCUCUGCAUAUUAGUGAAGAAGCAGAGUUAUCUGAAUCGCAAAAUUUGAAGAAUCAAAAUCUUCAUUCAUUGGAUGAUGGUGGUAGGAUUAUAAAAUCAUGUCCUGAACAGAUUGCCUUUGGUAGGAAUUCAGGGAUAUCUUUAAACCAGCAUUCACCUCCUGCUGAUGUAACUGAAAAUAACUCACAAAGGAAAUAUUUUCCUUCGCACUGGUCCAUGGAUGAUGUCAAUGAAGGAUUACAGAAAGGGGACAUAUUUAAAGCUUUAUUUCGUGUUAAUGCCCACAAUAGACUUGAGGCCUACUGUAAAAUUGACGGACUACCAGUUGAUGUCUUAAUCAAUGGAAUUGCAUCUCAGAACAGAGCUGUGGAAGGAGACAUAGUUGCAAUCAAGGUGGAUCCUUUUACGUCAUGGACUAGGAUGAAAGGCACUAGUGAGGCCCAUAACAAUAUGCAUUCAAUGGAAGAUGUCAACUUACCUUUUGAGGUGGCUGAAAAGGACUGCCAUAAUUGUAAAGGCAAGAAUAAAGUUGAUGCCGAUGUUAAGUCUGACAGUUUUAGGAGUUCCUCUUUACCUGAUAAGAGGUGUUGUAGUGAGGACAAAGUGUUGGAUGGAACUGCUUGUGAUGAUCUUUUAUCAAAUUACGAGCAAUGUGAUGUAAACCAGUCAUCGGUUGUGUAUCCUUCCCAAGCACAUUUUUCCAGUAAUCAAGAUGAUGUGUCUAAGGCAGUCGGGAGGAUCUGUGCAGUGAUUAAUUUGUAUCCUGCAAAAAGACCAACUGGCAGGGUUGUAACCAUCCUAGAAAAGUCUCGGCUGCGAGAAACUGUUGUUGGCCAUCUUAACGUCAAGAAGUUCCUCUCCUUCCAGGAGAUUUAUGUGAAAGAGAAUACAAAAUUUUUAUCACCAUUGCAGAAUUGUGGAUAUGUCCAGUUGAUUCCUAAUGAUGCAAGAUUCCCGAUAAUGAUGGUUCUUGCAGAAGAUUUACCUGACUGCAUUAAGAAGAGAUUGGACAAUGGUGAUUUAACGGUUGAAAGUGAGCUGGUGGCUGCGCGAAUUCAUGAAUGGGUUAUAGAGAGUUCAGCUCCACGUGCACAAGUCUUGCAUGUUUUAGGACGGGGAAGUGAAGUAGAGUCUCACAUUGAUGCUAUUUUAUUUGAAAAUGCAAUUCGGACGUGUGAAUUCUCUCAUGAUUCACUGUCUUGCAUUCCUCAUACCCCUUGGAAGAUCCCACAAGAGGAACUUCAAUGCAGAAGAGAUAUAAGAAAUUUAUGUAUAUUUACUAUUGAUCCUUCCUCUGCCUCGGAUCUUGAUGAUGCUUUAUCGGUUCAAAUAUUAGCCAAUGGCAUCUUCAGAGUUGGCAUUCAUGUUGCUGAUGUAUCACAUUUUGUAUUGCCAGGCACUGCCUUGGAUAAGGAAGCUCAAAUCCGAUCAAUGAGUGUUUAUCUUUUGCAGCGCAAGAUACCAAUGUUGCCACCAUUACUAUCUGAGAAUAUAGGUUCACUUAACCCUGGAGUGGAUAGACUUGCGUUUUCAUUGUUUUUGGACAUAAAUAAUUGUGGAGAUGUUAAAGAGUGUUGGAUUGGGCGUACUGUCAUAUGCUCUUGUUGCAAACUCUCAUAUGAACAAGCUCAGGAUAUUAUUGAUGGAUUAAUUGAUUCUGAUAGUUCAAAGAUUUUAAGGAAUAAUUGUCCCCAGUUGCACGGUCAGUUUGCAUGGCAUGAUGUCAUUUCAUCCGUUAAACUUCUUCAUGAAAUUUCAAAAACUCUAAAGGAGAAGAGAUUUAGAGAUGGGGCUUUGCGGCUUGAGAAUUCCAAAAUAAUUUUUUUAUAUGAUGAAUGUGGAAUUCCAUAUGAUAGUACGUUUUAUGAGCAGAAGGAUUCAAAUUUUCUUGUUGAGGAGUUCAUGCUUUUGGCAAACACGACUGUUGCCGAAGUUAUAUCCAGGACUUUUCCCGACAGUGCAUUAUUGAGAAGGCAUCCAGAUCCUAUAUUGAGGAAACUCAGAGAAUUUGAAUCAUUUUGUUCUAGGCAUGGUUUUGAACUGGACACAUCCUCUUCAGUCCAGUUCCAACAGUCACUAGAGCAGAUAAGGAUAAAACUUCAUGACGAUCCUUUGCUGUUCGAUAUUCUCACAUCCUAUGCUACAAGGCCCAUGCAAUUAGCAACUUAUUUCUGUAGUGGAGAGUUAAAAGAUGGUGAAAAGGGGAGUCAUUAUGCACUGGCUGUCCCAUUGUACACACAUUUCACUUCACCAUUGCGACGGUAUCCUGAUAUUGUGGUCCAUCGCACACUGGCAGCAGCAAUUGAGGCUGAGAUGUUGUAUUUAAAGCACCGAGGAAUCAUACAGAAAGUUAAUAGUGAUGAGCAGAUGAGAUGUUUUACUGGCAUUUCUUUUGACAAAGAUGCUGCUGACUCCUUAGAAGGUAGAGAAGCAUUAUCAUCUGCGGCAUUGAGGCAUGGUGUUCCAUGCUCGAAAUUACUUUCAGAUGUUGCUGUGCACUGCAAUAACAGAAAAUUGGCUAGCAAGCAUGUUGCGGAUGGUUGUGAGAAGCUCUACAUGUGGGCUCUUUUAAAGAAAAAAAAGAUUUUGUUCUCAGAUGCAAGGGUGUUGGGCCUUGGUCCAAGAUUUAUGUCUGUGUACAUACAGAAGCUGGCUAUUGAGCGAAGAAUAUAUUACGAUGAAGUUGAAGGUUUGGCAGUUGAAUGGCUUGAUACUACAUCUACAUUGGUGCUUAGUUUUUUUGGUACUAGGCGCUCGCAUAGGAAUAGAGGUUCAAUUAAGUGGAAGGCAUUGGAAGAUGUUGCACUAAUUAUUUCUCCUUGCGACCAGAAUAUUAAACAGAGGACGCUGGGAGUGAGUCCUAGUGAGUUGGGUGGAGCAACCACAGGGGGUUCUGCUGUGGAACAGGAGUCCAAUUUGAAAUCUCAUGUUUCAGAUACUGGAGUUGACCCUGCAGUUUUCCCCCUCACAGUAAGGCUCCUUUCAACGAUACCAGUAGCACUUCAUGCCGUUGGUGGGGAUGAUGGACCCAUCGACAUCGGGGUUAGGCUAUAUAUGAGCUCAUAUUUAAGGUAAUAUAUGAUGUUUGAUGUGGCAAAUCAUUUGUUGCCAUUCAACUGCUCCUUCAGAAUGUGAUAUAAUGACACAUACAGUUCUUUUUUUUGCUUUUCUGGAAAUUGCCUUGCUCUGUUGUAGAUAAGAAACCAGUGCAAGGCAAUAGGGUUUUAGUUACUGUGGUGUAAAAUCUUGCUGAAUCUUCAUUAAGUAGUGAAGACGACAUGAUCGAUCUGGUGGAGAGUUGUAGAUAAAAGAUGGAGAAAGCAAUGCAAUGUGGCUUCAGCUCUAAUUGCUUUUUAGUUGUGUAGGAGGAAAAAAAAAAAAAAAGAAAAGAAGGAAGCUGGUUUCUGGAGAAGGCCUUAGUUUUUUGUCGGCCAGUUCCAUUCACUUAAACUGUUUUGUGAUUACGCUUGUUGCUUGAAACAUCCCACCCAUCAGCAACCCAGCUUCAGACUAAACAUAAUGUUAUCUCUUCUCAUAUGUUCUUUGUUUGCAGCCCAAUCAAGGUUUUUUUUUGGUCGUUGGGCGGCUCUAAAACUAGGUUGUAUUUGACUGAUACCUCUUUAGCUGCUGUUUGAAUACAUGUUUCCUUAUAUUGAGUCAUUGAUGUUCAUUUUACUGCAGGCAUUUCGCCUUCUGUUCUUUUGUUUGAUUGUACCUUUUAGACUGAAUAAUGAUGUAAAACAUCUUCUACGAUUGCUCAA